CUUAAAACAAAGUGCAAUGCACGACUUGAAACUGAACACACACAAUAAAAGUAAAAAAAAAAAUAAGAAAGCAAAACAGUUGAAAGCUACAAUAAAAUACAAUACAGAGUGCCAGGCAGUGAGCUGAAUGCUGAAUGCCGAAUGCCGAAUGCAUAAAAAUUAAAUUAAACGUGUUUUAAAUGCAUAAGCGUAAGCGGCUGAUUAGCAAAAAAAAUAUAAUUAAUUAGCCUGAAGCCGAAGUGACAAGUGUAAAAACAAAAGAAAAUACUGCCACCCAUUACAGCCAGCCAACUAAUUGGCCAAUUAAAUGAGCUUUUAGCCAACUACUCACACACAGACACACGCAAACAAACAUCUACACACAUGACAACAACAAUGCUGGCCAUAAACACAACAACUGAACGCGUUGGCAUGGGCACGCCCUAUUUAUCCGAUCUGCACGUGUUGCAAAAUGAAAGAUUUUUCAUGAAUUUAACACAAAUGCUCAACAUAUCAGCGGACAAUCUGACGAGCCUGCUGCAGGGAAUUGGCACGCAGAAUCUGCUGGACACACAGCCACAGCCCACAAUGGGCACGCACAUGGGUCUGCUGGCGACGCUUAGCGUGGGCUAUGCGCUCAUCUUUGUGGCCGGCGUGCUGGGCAAUCUAAUCACCUGCAUUGUCAUCUCGCGCAACAAUUUCAUGCACACAGCCACAAAUUUCUAUCUAUUCAACUUGGCCAUCUCGGAUCUCAUACUGCUCUGCUCGGGCAUGCCACAGGAUCUGUAUAAUUUGUGGCAUCCGGCCAAUUAUCCCUUCUCCGAGGGCAUUUGCAUAUUGGAGAGCGUGCUCUCAGAGACAGCAGCCAAUGCGACAGUGCUGACCAUUACCUCGUUUACCGUGGAGCGUUACAUUGCCAUUUGCCAUCCGUUCAGGCAACAUACCAUGUCGAAGCUAUCGCGUGCCAUCAAGUUCAUCUUUGCCAUCUGGAUAGCUGCGCUGCUGCUGGCCUUGCCCCAGGCCAUACAGUUCUCGGUGGUGAUGCAGGACACGGCUGUGGGACCUGGCAGCGCCUGUACGAUGAAAAAUGAUUUUUUUGCGCAUGUUUUUGCCGUAUCCGGGUUUAUAUUCUUUGGCGGACCCAUGACUGCGAUCUGUGUGCUUUACGUGCUAAUUGGCAUAAAGCUGAAACGAAGUCGCCUAUUGCAAGCGUUGCCUAGACGCAGCUACGAUGUCAAUGUGAAUCGCGGCAUCAGCGCCCAAACUCGGGUCAUACGCAUGCUGGUGGCCGUCGCAGUGGCCUUUUUCAUUUGCUGGGCGCCAUUUCAUGCGCAGCGCUUAAUGGCGGUCUAUGGCUCGACGGCGGGCAUUGAGUCGGAAUGGUUCAACGAUAUCUUCAAUAUACUCAACUAUACAUCCGGCGUGCUCUACUUUCUCUCCACCUGCAUCAAUCCGCUGCUGUACAACAUUAUGAGUCACAAAUUUCGCGAGGCGUUCAAGGUGACACUGGCGCGGCACUUUGGCCUCUCUGCCAAGAGUCAAGGCCACGGACUGCCGCACACCUACAGCGCCCUGCGUCGCAAUCCAACAGGCUCGAUGCGUCUGCAUACAGACAGCGUACGCACCACCACGACGAUGACUACGCUGAAUGGCAGCAGCAAUGGAAAUGCUGGCGCUGGCAGUCGUGGCUCGCAACGCACCUUGCUGAGCACACAGAGUCGCAGCAGACUGGAUAUGCUGGCUACGCGUGCUGCUGCUGCGGAGUGCUCCAUGGCAACGGCAACGGCGCCGCCACAUCGCGUGCUGCAGACGCAAAUAUCGCAGUUAUCGUCGGUGGGUGAUGCGCACUCGCUGCUGGAGGUGGAGCAGCAGCAGCAGUGGCCAGAGGAUCAAUACGAGCUGGGUAUGCGUCACAAGUCGUUAUCUCAGGCUGGCAUGGCGGCCAUUGAUGAGCUCAGCUGUCAGUCCAGCGUCCUGCCCAGUCGCUCGCGUCUGAAGCUGACGCGCAUCAGGCGCCAGUCGGAGCAGGAGUCUAGUGCGAGCAGCGAUGCUACAUCCGGCAAAGUGCGCAAGGCAAAGGCCAAAACACUUGCGUUGAAGGGUCUGCGCUCUAAAUUGCAUUGGCGUGGCAAGCCAAGAGUGUGUGGCGUGGCAGCAACAGCAACAGCAGCAGCAGCUGAUAGCGUUAAUGUUGCUGAUGAUGAUGACCACAAGCCGCAGUCAAGUGCGACUGGCAUUGCAAAGGAAAAAGGCGUUUAUUGAAUGACAUUCAAGUGUGCGUCGUCCAUUCCAGGCAGCGAGCGAGGGGAGGGACCUUAAGAACAGGUACAUAACUGUGAUAAGAGCAGCAGCGACUCGGCAGCGCAAACAAUUCCAAUAGCAAGUGGCUGGCUAAUUGCUUAGCUACUGCAAUUCCUAGCAAGUACUUAGUUCCAAUUACUCAACAUAUAUGUAUUUCAAUUAAAGCCACUCAAGACUCAGUCAAACAAUAAAGAAUAAAUAAAAAUUUAAUUCUAGAUUUAACUUGUAGCCAAAUCAUAAUCCCUUUGCAAUUAAGAUGUCUAUCGCAGUUCUUUGGUCUAGACGACACAGAGGGCUUAGCUGCUAGCCAUUGUAUAACUGUAAAUGUUUAGCCAUUUUUUUUCACAAAUGUUCGUUAGUAUGUGUGUGUGUUUGCAUGUCUGUGUGCGCUUGACUAAUUACAACAAGUGCAAGUGUAAUUAGAAGCAGCGCAACCAAAACUUGAAUCGCACUCAAUUAACAUUAGUUAAGACGCGAGCCAUUAAACGGGCGCUGCAAUUAAGUCAAUGCAGCAACCCUUAAAG